UGAGUAACACACUAACACACAGCUCAGUGAAACUGGCAGCAGCAUUGUUGGAGGAGUUUAACCAUUCAACUUUCUCUUAUCGAAAGAUGAAGCUCCACAUAUUUUACCUGCUGGGAGUGAUUACAGUGGCUGGAUUCACUGAUGCAUCAUCUAUGAAAGCCAAAAACCUUGCUCUCUAUGGAAAAGCCACACAGUCAAUCUUGGUUAAUAACCCUUGGGCUCCAUAUGGUCAUGCCUAUAAUGCUAUAGAUGGAAAUACCAACUCCAACUAUGAUCACGGGUCAUGCACUGCCACUGAGUGGCAACAGAACCCUUGGUGGAGGGUGGACCUUCUGGACGAAUACACAGUGACCUCCAUCACCAUCACUAACAGAGCAGACUGCUGUCCAGAGAGGAUCAACGGAGCUGAGAUACACAUCGGAAACUCUUUACUUGACAACGGAAACAGCAACCCAUGGGCUGGGGUGAUCCCAAGCAUCCCUACAGGGAACUCCAUCGCCUUCAACUUUGAGAAAGGCAUUUCAGGUCGCUACGUUAACGUGGUCAUCCCUGGAGCAAAUCGACUCCUGACUCUCUGUGAGGUGGAGGUCUAUGGCUAUCCCACUCCAAGCGGAGAGAAUGUAGCGCUGAAUGGAAAAGCUACACAGUCCAGCCUUUAUAGUACUGGUUUUCCAUCCGGUGCCAUUGACGGAAACCGAGAUGGUCUAUACGCUCAUGGUUCCUGCACACACACGAAUGACGACAUCAGUCCGUGGUGGAGGCUGGACCUACUGAAAAAGCACAAAGUGUUUUCUGUAAUUGUCGUUAACACAGUGGAUAGUGUUCCUAACAGACUGAGUGGAGCUGAAAUCAGAAUUGGAGAUAGUCUGGACAACAACGGCAACAAUAACCCGAGGUGUGCCGUGAUCUCCACCAUUGAUAAAGAGACUCCGACCAUGUCCUUUGAGUGCAACGGGAUGGAGGGCCGGUACGUCAACAUUGUGAUUCCACAAAAGAAGGAGUAUCUUACUCUGUGUGAGGUGGAGGUGUAUGGAGCUCCUCUGAUCUGAGGAUCCUCAUCUGGCUUCUUCUUAUUGCAGUACGAUGUUGAUCUGUUUAAUUUCUCUACCAGCUUUUGAGCUUUAUUGCGUCUGAUUUACAGUCUGAAACUCAUAUUUUCAUUUUUUUCGUAUGUAAACUUGUAUUUUCUUAAGUCAUAAUAACUUGUGGAGGCAGAUUUGUCAAAAGAGGCACAAAUGAAUGGCAACACUGACACUUUGCACCAAUGAAGAGAAUUAUCUGCUAAGACCUGAAACACAGCCAGUAAUUCCAAAGCAAAAAAAUGAAAAAAAAAAAACAAGUAACUACAAAUUUUUACGGUAGAAAACAAAAACAUUCUUUACCUUUAAUAUAAGUUAAUAUAAAGUGAUUUUGUUUAAAAUUACUUUCAAGCAUUCCUGUUGGACCACUCACCAUAAAACUGUCACUCAUACACACAGUGUGAAGGCCAGGAAACUAAAAAUUGACCCAAAAAAAUUCCAAAAAUGGAGAUACAUUUGAAGCCCCUGUUAGACCGCUGUUUUGUUUUCUGCCAAGUAGGAAAAAUAAAAGUUGUCCGUCUUUGAUUUCCUUCAAAUUGUGACUCAUUGGGUGGAAAGAAUGAUUUAUUUUCAAUGUGGUUUUUAUGUGUUGUUGAUUUUUUUUAACUCUAUUGACUUUUUUGAGGUUAGCUCCAGCCAACUAUGAAUAAAAGCAGCAUGUGACAAUCUUUCAAA